CUCCCAACGAUAAGUGUUGUCUGCCACUCAAAUUAAAAUAAAAUCGCCGGUAUUUGACUCAUAUCGUGACAAGCAUUUCUGAGCCAUGGGAAUAAUCAGUAAAAUCCGAAAACCUUCAAAGAACCACUUUAUUCUGGUGCUACUGUGUGCAGUGAUUGGCUACCUAUUGAGGUCACAUGACAGUUAUGAACUCCGCCCUGUUUGGAGAAAGAGAGCAGAGUAUCAUCACUUUCAAAACAAGAAGUAUCCCAUGAAAGAUGAACAGCUGCCGGUUCCCAUCAUAACUGACCUUGACAGUGAUGGUAUUAAUGAAAUUAUACUCAUAACUAACGACCUUAAGCUGAGUGUGAUGACCUUGCCAGAUCCCGUCAAGGACGAGGAGGACAAAACUCUGCCACAUGUGGUGGUUAAACACAAGGUCGUGCUACCCCAGGCUGCGGAUGGGGGUCAGGACAAACCCUCCGGUUGGCCGGUUUCCAUGGUGACAGGCUUCACUGUGCCCUAUCAGUCCAUGCUGCAGGUCCGGCAACAGUCUAUAGUGAUAGUGACCAACACAUGGUGGGUGUUCUGUUACUCGUCUGACUUGGAACUCAUGUGGCAGAAACAACUACUCGACUUUAAGGAGCAGUUUGCGAAUUACUAUGUGAAGUCGAUGGGCGCACUGGUGACCUCCCACUCAGUGAAAAAGUCAGAUGAUGGGCUGAUUAUCGUCGGGGGCAGUUACGCACAUAAACAACACCUGGAGGAGACAAAACCAGUACCGGAACCAGAACAAGAAACAAACGGUACGGAGACUGAUGAAAGCCCGGACCAUACGGAGCACACAGUAGAGGAGACGACAUACACCCACUUCUCCACGUUUGCCCUGGCUGGGCGGGACGGCUCCACCCGCUGGCACCACCUCCCUGGAGAGUUCGGGGAACAGGAAACAAGGAAAGAGGAGGAAGGUCAGGAGCAUCACUGGAAGCUGUCGUUGAAGAGACACCGUCUCCACAUCGGCGAGUCUCCCUGGACGUACUACAAGAGUGAACUCUUCAAGGCUCUGCCCCACAACUGGCGUACAGUGCGGGAUACCAAGUUUUCCCUGGGUCGUUACCAGAAGAUUGUGGAUGAGAACAUUUACCGGGAGGGGGAGGAGGAGGCCACACAACAGGACCCCACACCCGCCGCCCUCGACCCCAAGCAUGUCAUUGGUUAUGCCUAUGGAGGUCAAAGGCCACACAGUGACGAAGAACACAUAGUCAACCCCAACGCUGUUGUAAUCAACCAUCAGAACGGUGUUGAAGUGUUGAACCUGGUCAGCGGGAGACCAGUUACCCGUCUACAACUCCCUGACGAUGGUGCCAUAUAUGGUGUAGUAGACGCUGAAAACGAUAUCAAGAAACUCUCAUGGGGUGAGCAGGAGAACUAUAGCCCUUGUUUCCUGGACAUCCAGCGCCUAUUUCCCAUCAAGGAAAACCUUGAACGCUUCCCUGUGUGUGUCACACGUCGCAUGUUCUUUACCACCAACUGGGUCUAUGAUGAAGACAUGUUUGUCAAAAUUCCACCUGUCAUCAUUAAAAGUGUUGCCCGUAAGUCUGGCGUAGUUCGCCACCUGCUGGGACACCAUCUGAGGAAGGAGAUGGACACCUAUGAUCUGAUAGCCCUCGGCAGCAUGGGGCGCAUCACAUCUGUUGACAAGAAUGGCGACUUUAACUGGCAGACCCAGACUAUGGCAAACUGGGACAGUGUGGCGCUGGCAGUUCGGAAGAUGAAGAAGGGGGAUUGGACAGAACAGCAACAUGAGUUCCUUAACUCCUUUUACCCAGACAGGGCACUCAUGCCUCUACAGUUGUAUGGUGACAAGGUAAACCUGUUGUCUGUGGGCUGGUCUGGCCUGAGCCUUAUAGAGUUGACCGAGGGUCGAGUCCUGGCUGAACACAGCACUCCUUGCCCCUCCACUGGGCCUCUCGUUGUCGGGGACUUCAACAAUGAUGGCUACAACGACGUCAUCUUUACUUGCAAGUUAGGGUACAUAGGGUUCUCUCUUCACCGUAAGUCCAACCACUCCUACAGCAUGAUGUAUGGGGUCGCAGUGUUCCUCAUGAUUCUCGUAAUAGCCUGGGUGCUCUCCCCUGAGCGACACCGGAGACUAAGCGACAGUGAUGAUGACUCAACUUGAUGAACCAUUGUGUCUAGCUGUGAUAAUGGAAUGACUUUUGACAGCGGACGUGACAUGAAAUUGUUGUGAUUUGAAUAUACAAAACUGUUGAACCAAAAACUGAACAGACAAACUUGUUAAAUACUGAGGCAGACAUAAUCUGGUUUUAGUGUUAUGUCACUUAUUCCUUUGGGUAAUCAGGUUCAGGAGAUAGCCUAACUUGACCAUAAUUUGUGUUAUGAUUUCGAUACUAUGAGAAAAAAAUGUACUGGAUUACUUUUUAACAUAUCUCAAACAUGUUUAGCUGUGUGGUUCAUCUGAGACUCUUCCACACUCUAACACAAAACCAGUUUGAACCCGUUAAGUUGGAUUCAAAGUCCAAAAACCAGUCUCAAUUUGAGGGACAGAUAAUGUGCACAUAUUUAAACAUAUGUAAAAGCUAUAUAGUUAAUUCUUUAAAGGACAGAUUUUAAGCAGAAUAAAGCUUUUUCAUUUUCAACUUAUCCUUGGUUCAUAAACAACAUCAAGGUAUUGUCAUAGCCAUGGCAUCUGUGUUGGCUAUGCGAUCUUUGUCAUAGUGCAAUAGCUUUGCAAUAGAUGAACUAUUACUCAAAAAUAAGAUUUAACACAUUUAAUACAAUACAGUUUUAAUAUACCAAAAAUGAUGAAUAAAUGUCGAAAACAAUAGAUCUUAUGGAGGAUACCAAGUUUAGUUUGAAAGAAAUGUGCGGAAAACACGGUAUUGCUAUCUUAUGAGAUCACAGUAAAUCUUCUAGCAUUCACCAAUCAUUUAAUAUUUUAGCAUUUUCAGCUAUUAAUACAUGGUUAUAAUAUUGGUAAUAGUAAUUAUUAUUUUUCAUAAGUGCAUUUUUUAGUAAGUAUUUGAGGGUGUAUCACUCAAAAUCUAUGUUUGUUUUACAUGUGUAUGUAUUGAUUUUGAAUAAUAGUGUCACUUGAACCAUGGCCAUCUCAAAUACACUAACACAGAUAUUAAAAUGAAACUUAUACACAUGUUGUCAGUGCUUGUGUAGCAAGGCCAAAGCUCUUGCUUGAAUUGGUGUCGAGUUAUGAUCCCUUUCUGACAACAAAGAGGAGAUUUGACUUUUGCUCUGCGACAUACUUGGUAUGUGUUACUUCAAUUUGUUACUGUGAAGGGUAUAAGUGUCUGUGUCCUUUUACAAAUGUCUCUUGUUAUGUUUUACCACAGUGCUUUCAUGCAGUGUAUAUACAGAUUUUAUGCCUACAAAUUGAUGUUAAUAAAUAUAUUGCUCAUUUAUUUAGAAAAUCAGUCUUAUUAUUGUAUUGAACUUGAGUUAUAUCCAUCUUUUGUACUAUUGUUUGGUAGAAACUGGUAUGCAUAUAAAUGGCAUCUCAUUGAGAUAUAAUUUACACUCAAGUGUCCAUUCAUCGUAUAAAUAAGAACGUCAGUAAAACUGACAUCAUGCUUCGCUAAAUGUUCAUAUGAUUUUACUAUUCAAACAAAGAACAGGAAAACUGUUAUUUCUCUUUGUGAACAUUGUCAUUAUAGUAUUAUAACAAUAAAUAAAUUGAAAAAUAAAUAGAUUUUUGUUUGAAUUCAAAUAU